AUGCAUGGUUUGGAGGCUAAACCACUUCAUAGAGGUAGGAAGGUGGAGUCCGUAGCAUCGUGCAACGCUCCGCCCGUAUCCAAAGACUUACCGCAUCAAGUGUCGCAAUGGGUAGCGGGUCGUCCAGCUUUACAAGCGGUAGUUGCUACUUCUACAACUAUUGAGGUGGUAGAGAGACUAGCCAUUGGUCUGCUUUGGGCUGCAGAUCUACUGCCCUCUCUCCGCCACAUCAUGGCACCUCUACUUUCACGGCUAGUGACAUCGACACUUCUGCUACACUGCAUGACAGCCGUCACCGUUCAGUGCCACCUGCAGCAGCCGCCACCCUCGACAAGGGCAGAAAAGGUGCAGACAUCGGUAAUGGCGACUACUGAGCCCUCUUUCCCCCUCAAGACUAGCCUUCCUCACCAACGUUGUAUUUUCAAACUCAACUUUUACUUUCGUUUCAUUUUCUACACCAAAACUGCAAUUCAACGUCAAUUAUUGUGCGACAUUUCUGGGAGGGUUGUGAUGAGUUAUUCGUCUUUGGCGAAGAGACGUGGACCUGCUUUACGCCUUACUCUCGAUAGCAUCUUCUGCCUUACCUGUCAAUGA